CUGCCGACAGGUUAGCGCGCUAUCGGCGCAGGUCGUUUCCCUCGCGCGUAUAUCUGGAGGCGACCGCAUAAGGGGAGAGAGCGAGUCCGGGGCGGACGAUCGCGCGGUCCGCGAGGCCGACGCGGCUUCGAAUAUCUCGCGGCGCGGGCUCGGCUGCGAGUGGCGGCGCGACGCGCCGGGUCGGCGGCCCAGGCCGCGCAGGUGACGAGGAUGAGUCGCGUGGCGUGAACCCCAGGACGGAGUCAGGACCUGCCCGGAAGAUGCCUGGACCUCGCGGCCCGAGAGCGGCGCCCGGCGCAAGGUCCGUCGUCGGGGCCAUCCUGGGCGUGUGGAUGUUGGCCGGCGUCAUAGCCGGCAACAAUGUGAACGAUCCGCCAAUCCUGGAUGCUGGAGGGUAUCCAACGGGAUUACCGCUUCCGGAAGGCACUCCCGUCGGCUCGAAGGUGUUCGUCCUGAAGGGGCACGAUCCCGAGGGAUCGCCAGUCAAAUACGGGAUUCAGCUUACGGACAAAUUCGUCGUCGAUCCUCACACGGGUGUAAUCACUUUGGCCAAGCCACUGGAUCGGGAGGAAAAUGACACCAUCCGUUUCCGAGUGACGCUAGAGGACCAGGUUCCGGAAGGCCAACAGCCGAACAUCGUCGGCAUGGAAGCUUAUGUGAUCGUUUUGGACGAGAACGACAAUCCUCCUCGUUUCAUCGGAGUACCUUACGAGGCUGUGGCCGCCGAGGACACUCCACCAGGUUCCACAGUCCUCCCAGGAAUUCGAGUCACCGACCCCGACUUGUUGGGCAACAAUAUCGAGCUCUACUGUAUUCCACAGCAGCAGUUCCCCGAUGCCUGCGAGAAAUUUGGCAUCGUCGACGUGGAGAAGAGUCAGAAUACCUACGUGGGAGCUUUGGUUCUGCAACAGCCUCUGGACUACAGAGAGAGGCCAUUCUAUCAGCUGAUUCUGAGGGCCAGUGACGGCACCAAUAACGGUACGACCGGCGUGGAGAUCAAGGUCGCCGACAUUCAGAACAGUCCUCCCGAGUUUUUAGACUCGCUAACCGGAAUCGUGCGUGAAGACGACCCGAUAGGUACUCUCGUGAUGACGGUCAGGGCUAGAGAUGGUGAUCGAGGAAUGCCGAGGAAGGUGAUCUACCAAUUAGUCACCAAUCCGUUCGAUUACUUUCUGCUGGAUGCCGAAACCGGAGAGCUGAGGACUGCGAAGCCACUGAACAGAGAAGCCCUCGAAGACGCCACGGGGGUUUUGACAUUAACGGUGAAAGCUCGAGAGGUAAUCGACGGCGUGCCAGGAAACGAUGAAACGACGGUGUCAACGGCAGAAGCCACAGUGACGAUCAAAGAUGUCAACGACGAGCCACCCAGAUUCAACAGGCGGGAAUACAGCAUCGAGAUCCCUGAAAAUGUACCUGACGAUACUCCCCUUCCACACCUGGAUAUGACAGUUAAAGACCCUGACGUUGGUCUGAACUCCGUAUUUUCCCUGAGAUUGGAUGACUUAACCGGAGCGUUUACAGUAGAACCGACGAUGGCAACUGGAAGCACUACGGUGAACAUUCGCGUGGCUAAUGGCUCUCUUGACUACGAGAACCCUAACCAGAGGAAAUUCUUCAUACUGGUGAUCGCGGAAGAGGUUCAUACGAACCCUAAACUUGCGUCGACCGCGACGGUCACCGUGUCAAUUACAGAUGCCAAUGACAACGCCCCUUCGUUCAGUAAUCCCACGUACACUGCCUCGAUUUCGGAGACUGCCACUCCAGGGACUCUUAUCGCAACUAUCACUGCCAAAGAUCGCGACAGUGGCCGGUUCGGUACGGCGGGAAUAGUGUAUCAGUUACAUGGGCAAGGAGCCGAGCAUUUUGCCGUCGAUAAGAGAACCGGAACCAUCACCGUUGCUCCCUGUCCUACUCCGGGCACGUCACCGUGUCUAGAUUACGAGAACCAGACGGAAUACUUCCUGAAUUACAAGGCGACCGAUGAUGACGGUAAAGGACAAACGACGAGUGUCUCUUUACGAGUCAGCUUGCUCGACUCGAAUGACAGCCCUCCAAGGUUCCUCCAACAAAAGUACAGAGCCGUCAUCGACGAAGGUGCGGAGAAGUUCGAGCCAGAACUGAAGGUCCAGGCUCGCGAUAAGGAUAAGACUUCGAAAAUCAGUUAUUCCAUAAUCGCGGGGAAGGACAUGAAUUUAUUCGACAUCGACUCGGAUUCUGGGGAGAUCACCAUUGCUAAUAAGGGUCCGUUGGACAUGACCAAUUCCACCCAUGAUUGGAUAGCUCUCUCCGUACAAGCCAGCGAUGGAGCAUUUACCGACACCGCAUUAGUCAACAUCACUGUACGCGAUGUUAAUAACAAUGCUCCUGUAUUUCCUCAUGAUUUGUAUACCGCUAGCGUCCCAGAGGUGUCGGAAAUUGGUACCGUCGUCGAAGAAGUUACGGCUACUGAUGCCGAUAGCGGUAUCAACGCCGAGCUGACGUACAGGAUUCAAAAGGGAGCAUUCGAUGACUUCGCCAUUAAUGACACCAGUGGCGUUGUGACUGUUUCCAGGAAACUUGAUUUUGAUAAAAGCAACACGUAUCAUAUAGAAGUUAUCGCUUUGGACGGAGGAACGCCUAGCUUAACGGGUACAACGACUCUCAUGAUAAAGGUAGAAAACAGUAACGAUAAACCUCCUUAUUUUACUCCUGAAACCCAACGAGCGGAAGUUACCGAGGACACCGCUAUUGGUACAGUAUUUGCAACAUUAAAAGCAGCCGAUCCAGACAGCACGGAUCCCGAAGCACUUAACUUUGCCAUUUCCAAACCUAUUACCGCCAUCGACAGAAAUGGACAGCAAGUGGUCGAUAACACUACAUCUUUCAAGGACUUUUUUGCCGUUGACAGAAAAACGGGUCAAGUGUCGGUAGUGAGACCCCUUGAUAGAGACAUUGCUGCAACGGUCAGCAUUCCAGUGAUAGUCACUGACACCUCGGCACCUACUCUCCAGCAAGGAACAGGCACUUUGGUGGUGACCAUCAUCGAUGUAAAUCAUUUGCCACCGGAAUUCGCAAAGCCGUGGACCAAAGAAAAUCCGGGAUAUUCAAUCGAGAUGCAGGAAGAACAACCAACAGGAGCGAUUGUCGGAGCAUUCACGGCCACCGACGCCGACAGCAAUAUUGCUGGAUACGCCAUUGAUCCACCUAGCCCAUAUUUCAACAUCGACAAUAUUACUGGAAUCGUACGGACUAGUCAAAUAAUUGACUACGAAGAAUCGAAGCAGCUGACCUUCACCGUAGUUGCAUACGAUUCCGGAGUACCACCACUGUCCUCUACGGCGAAAAUCACCGUGACCAUAAUAAACGUGAACGAUCAGGAUCCUAAAUUUGAAAAAAAAUCCUAUAGUGCUUCGGUGAAAGAAAACGCUCCACCAGGAACCCACGUAACCGUUAUCAAAGCCACGGAUGGAGACGAAGGACCAUUUGGCGAAGUCAGUUACAGUCUUAUCGGAGAGCAUGCCUCUGAUUUUAAUAUCGGUCACGAAACUGGGGAAAUCACCGUUGGAAGUGCGACUGUUUUGGACCGAGAAAUAAUGCCGGAGAUCACAAUAACAGUAAUGGCCAGUGACGGAGCUCCCGUGAACUCUCGGAGAUCGUCUUCGGUUCCCGUUCAUAUACAACUGGUCGAUGUCAAUGAUAACCGUCCGAUAUUUACACAGCACAGCUACAGGGCUUCGGUAGCAGAGAAUCUGCCAGUGAAUCCUCCAGCUCCGAUUCUGCAGGUUCGGGCAGCAGACCCUGACGAAGGCAUCAACGGGGAAGUUUGGUACUCUAUAUUAGAUGGAAAUGAGAAUGGCUCGUUUGUUUUGAACCCAGAGACCGGUAUAUUAUAUCCAGCAGUGGCCCUUCUGGGUCGAGCAGGAUCCUAUAGAAUUCAAGUGGAAGCCAGAGACGGUGGCGGAAACGGCCCACAUUCUGAUAAAUGUUACGUCGACAUCAGGGUGAUUCCUGUCAAUCAACACAAACCCGAGUUCAUUAUGCCAGAACUGCCAAACGCAACGGUAGAAGUUCCCGAGAAUGCAGGAAUCCCAAAUUAUCUCGUGAUGACCGUGAAAGCCACCGAUAAGGAUCCUGGCGAGAAUGGAAAAGUUGGUUAUCAUCUAAAUGUUGAAAACAGGAACGUCCAAGAGACCGAAGAAUUCUCCAUCGACCAGGAAACUGGCGAACUACGUGCCAAGAUAAUUCUUGAUCGAGAAGUCAAAAGUAAAUUCGAGCUAGUGUUAGUAGCAGCAGACCAUGGUAGCCCGACAACGUAUGAGACUUUACGUCUCUUGACCGUGUUAUUAGUCGAUACCAACGAUAACGUUCCUGAAUUCUACGAUGAAUACAACUUUCAUGUUCCUGAAAACAGACCGAAGGACUAUUUCGUAGGAAAAGUCACUGCGGAAGAUAAAGAUGAGGGGAGACAUGCCAAAGUGUACUACUACAUCGAGGCUGGCAAUGAAAAUCGAACUUUCUACAUCGACAAAACUGACGGGCGUAUAUAUUCUAAUAAAUCAUUCGACCGGGAAGAACGAGAUACCUAUGUCCUUUCGAUUCUUGCUGCCAACGACCCUGACAUUUACAUCGGGCCUCGAAGUGCACACGUACCUCUAACUAAUAAUCCAGAACACGGUCAUGUGAACGUCACUGUGACGAUUCUCGACGAGAACGAUAAUCCUCCAGUGUUUGAGCGCACCGAUUACUAUGCAGGAAUCAAUUCAAUGGCGAAUUUGAACGAUAUCGUCGCCAAGGUGACAGCAUCCGACUCGGACCUUGCUGACAAUGGGACGCUCCAUUAUUACGUUUCCGGGGCGAAUUUAUACAAAUUCGGAUCCGAAAAGCCCAGUGGAUCCAUUGUUCCUAGUCCAUUUAAUGUCACCCAAGAUGGCAAGGUACUAACCAGCGGGUACAUGGCAGAAUAUAACCAGGACAGGUUCAUCGUAGAUGUUGUUGCCAAAGAGACUGCUCCUCCGGAGAGAUCUGCCAUAGCCAGAGUUUAUGUUUGGGUGUUCGAGCCGACCCAGCUGAUAAAAGUGAUCUUAUCGAGGCCACCGGAAGAAGUGAACCGUGAGAGAGACGAGAUCGUCUCGGAGCUGUCAAAUGCAACGCAGAGUCGAGUUGUCGUGGAUGACAUUAGAUACCAUAUGGAUGCUUCCGGGCACCUCCUAAGAGAAUGGUGUGACAUGUACUUGCACGUGGUAGACACUGACACGCAGACCAUAGCUCCAGUCCCCCAAGUCCUAAGAGUCAUUGAUGCGAAAUACGAUUUCCUGAAGGACUACUACGCAGGGUUCGCCAUUAAAAAUGUAGUGCCUGCGUAUGCUGGAGUCCAAGAAGAGUCGUUCGAUCCAGCACUAGCAGCUUUAAUAGCACUAUUAGUUGUUUUACUAGUCGGAGCAGUCACCGUGACAGUGGUGUGCUGCUGCUUGCGCCAUUGGGUGAUUACCGUCCCGAACGACAUACGGAAAAAGGACGGCUUGAUCAAGAAACAAAUCAUCGACGAACUAAACACAACCGAAAAUCCAUUAUGGAUCGAGCAAAAACUGAAGCUGUACGAGGAACAGGAAUUAACGAUGCAAGUGUUUAGCGAACCAGAAGGCGGCCUAGGCACUGAAAGGCGAGGAAGUGGUGUCAGUGUGGGCAUGGGUGACACGUCUCAAGAUAACACCUACGCCACUAUUCAACAUCCACUAUCGUCUAACAGGCAUCGACCCACAACUCCAGAUUACACCACGCUUCCUGGAAACCAUAACCUGUACGAGUCAGCGAUGGGUUUCCAGGGAUCGACGUUUCAGCCAACAGCGAGUGCCGUUCCCCAGUUGACGCUGGACCGGGAUGGUCAGCCCCAGUUCGUCUCAGGACUCGUGUAGAGGACACAUUUCGACUCUCUUCUUACCCAUACGUAAUCGCAUCGUCGUCGUCGUAAGCCGUACCUCUUGUCCUCGGUUCUCUCGGUAGAGCGUGCACCCUUGGGCGCGAUUACCCCAAGGUAUUCGCACGCACGCGCCACUAUGACAAUAAUCGAGUACUCCGUGGUAUGCGUUUGCGUGGAAGACGCUCGUGCGCGUCCCCGAGCAAAGGUCGUCCGGGAAAAGAUUUCCGUUCCCGCGUUUUGUUAAGCCGUUUCCCUUCACCGAACGACCUCCUCGACGGGCCGAGAACGCACCGAGAGGCAGGGAACGAUGGACGGUCGACGGUCGCUAUUAAUGGACUUAAACAUUACCUGUAGCCGGUGUGUGCAUGUAUAUAUGUGUGUGCGUUGCCAACCUGAGGUCAGGUCUGACGCAAGUCUACGGAAUCCUGGCGUAUGAGGAACAUUAGCGGAGCUGGGAUGGCACGUUUGUUACGCUUAACGACGAAAACGUGUAUCGCGCGUUUCCGUGCAGGUCUUGUAACGAGUCAUCUUUCCGAUUAAUUGCCAUCAUCUACGACUAACGUAGCGAGAGGUGACAGGUUUCUUAACUGAAUACUUUCGUCGAAUGAUUGUAUUAUUAAGAGCGUCUCAUGUAAAAUAUCAUUACCCUCUGACUAGGCAUGUACUUACGGAUUGUGUCUAUUUAUUAGGUGCAGCGAGGGGGAAGAAUUCAGAAUUGAGUUUUUGUCGCCUAUGUUCCGGGAUCAAGAGAACGAAACCUUCGAAAGUACUCUUAGGAGUUAUGCGAUGGUUAAGUGUCUAAUUUAUAUGUUAUCCUUCCCGUCCCUGAUAAUGAGUUAGCAAACCUGCAUACAACCUGCGUACGUUAUGAGGUAUAAAUGUCCAUCUCCGUAACUGGAGAAAGCACGUGUAAUAUGCUUAAGUAAGGACAUGUUAAGUAUGGACGUAAGUACCGCGUACAUGCUAUUGCGUACGUGUAAAUUGCCAUCCCUGUAGCUAAGGUAGUCACUGUGAGAUAGCUUGACUUUGAAGCUUGGCACGACAGAUAUAUGUAUAUAAGUGGAUGUGUAGAUUCCGUCCAGCCCAAUGACCCUUUUUAUACUUCCGCAUUCGUUUGUACGUCGAGGAUUCCCCUGUCACCUGUUUCCUACGACGUCCUGGUAAAAUCUUCAUCCAGGCUUUUAAGUUAAGUAGUCGCUCGGAGGAAGUACUCCCUCGCGGCUGGAUCUCGACCAGGUGCACAUUCUCUCUGUUAUACAUCGACAUUUAGGCGAAUCGCGGGCGAUGGGCGGACAUAGUCAUAUCAUAGAUAAACGAACGAUGACGUCGUUCGCAAUGAAUUUCGAGACGACGUGUAUUCGAGUGAGGACGGCUUACUUACGUUCAGUGGGCGAUCGAUACGAACCAUUUUUUCAUAUUCCUCGCAUACUUCUUGGGCCAAAAUCAAAACAAAUGCAUUCGAGAACUUCGGAGAUUACUGCGAACGUAUCGUCACCGUUAAACGUAUCUCGUACUCGAAUGGAAAACUAACUUAACUCGGACAAGUUAACGUUAAGAUCGUUUAAUAUAAUAUUACCAUUGUGACUACGAUAUUAUUAGAUGGUUAUUAUUAUUAUUACCAUUAUUAUAACUCCAGUUAGCAAAAAAUUGUCUGUUUAUUAGUUACAAACUGAUUGUAACAUAUUUUAUGUAAGCAAUUAAUAUAAAAUAUUCGUAUAUGAAA